AAGCACACAGGAAAGAAAAUGACAACUCAUUGCCUCUGAGUAGAGUUGGUUAUGACAGUCUGACAAACAGAGGCUGACGGGAGAAGAGCCACAUCUGACCGUAAAGAUGAGGCAGUGACAGGCGCACAGAGGAAGAACAAUCAGACAACAACUACCUUCCUCUCUUUCCUUCUCUCCAUGCUGUCAUUGCUUUCAUGGAAGCGAGGGGACAGCGAAGGACAGAGGCUUGAACUAAAAGCUGUGAUGGACACCAAAGCAGUGUUUUCGGCGCUGCACAGCGUCUGCGAUGAGAACGCAGAGUUCUUCUCCGGAGGAUCCAAAGGCUCGCAGGGCGAUGCUGCGCGGCGCCUGGUGGACACCAUGAAGCUCAUCAAGGAACACGCUCGCAGUCUGGAGCCCAUUAUCUCCGGCUUCACUCAAGUUUACCAUCACUUUGACUUUGACCCACACAUACCCGCCAACGGCUAUCGCUCACUGGUCAAGGUUGUGCGCUGCUGCCUUCUCCACAUCAUCCAGAAAGGGCGCUACAUCACCGCCAACCGCCGCAGCAUCUUCUUUCGAGUGGCACACAACGCGGGGGAGAUGGAGGCGUACUGCAACGCUCUGUGCCAGCUGCGCGCCCUGCUCUACCUGGCUCAGCGCAUGCUGCACGACAACAGCCAUGGAAACCUCUUUUUCAAGGAUGAGAGCGGCCUCAGUGAGACCUUUAUCCGCGAAUACACAUCCAUGCACAAGGGCUGCUUCUAUGGCCGAUGCCUCGGCUUCCAGUUCAGCCCAGCCAUCCGGCCGUGUCUCCAGACCAUCGCUAUCGGCCUCGUGGCCUUUGGAGAAAACUACAAACGCCAUCAGUCAGGAAUAGGUGUAGCAGCCAGCUCUUUAUUCACCUCAGGGAAGUACGCCAUCGACCCAGAGCUGAGAGGGGCGGAGUUUGAGCGCAUCACCCAGAACCUGGACGUCCAUUUCUGGAAGAGCUUCUGGAACAUUACUGAGACCGAAGUCCUGUCGAGACUUGCCAGUAUGACAUCCACUCAAGUUAAGGUGAACCGGGCUCUCUCUGUGCCCCCCGUGCCCUUUGACCUCCCUCUGGCGGCCAACCAAGGAGCCUCUGUAACCAUAGCUCCUCCGUCGGCGCACAUCGGCAGCGCUCCAAUUCAGAUGAGGCUCAUCUCCUAUGACUUGCGUGAAGGACAGGACAGCGAGGCUCUGCUGUCUCUCGCCCGUUCUGAGGGGGGCGCCAUCUCUCUGUCGCUGGGGAAGACCAAGCGCCUCCCCCCGUCUUCCAGCAUCCUGAUCCACUUCCACGGAGGAGGAUUUGUGGCCCAGACCUCCAAAUCCCACGAGCCUUAUCUGAAGAGCUGGUCCCAGGAUCUCGGUGUCCCCAUUUUGUCCAUCGACUACUCUCUGGCCCCCGAGGCCCCCUUCCCCAGGGCGCUGGAGGAGUGUUUCUACGCCUACUGCUGGGCUCUGAAAAACCACCACCUACUAGGCUGGACCGGGGAGAAAGUGUGUCUGGCUGGUGACAGUGCGGGAGGCAACUUGUGUGUGACGACGACGAUGCGCGCGGCUGCCUUUGGCGUGCGGAUGCCAGAUGGCCUGGUGGCCGUGUACCCGGCCACGCUGCUGACCGCCUACGCCUCGCCCUCCCGUCUGCUCACACUUAUGGAUCCCCUGCUGCCUCUCAGCGUGCUCUCCAGGUGUCUGAGCGCCUACGCAGGCAACCAGCCCCAGACAGAGGUGCAGGUGGAGAAGGGGAGCCAGCUGAGUCUGGUGAGGAGAGAUACGGCUGUGAUGCUCAGAGACCUCCGACAGGGAGCCUCCAACUGGAUCCACUCUCUGCUGGAUUCCAACCGAGCCGCCGCCGCCGCCCCCAGCUCGGCUGAACAGGAGGCGCCACCAAGAGCCGCCGACACAGUGAGGAAGAGUAUUUCAGAGGCGUCCUUCUCCUCUCCUCACGCGGACCCCCCUGUCGCCUCACAGACCUCCGACUUCCCCUCCAGGAAAUUAUCUGUGAAGAGCCAGACUUGCCAGGAGUUGGGAUCCCACAACGACUCCACUUCUCUCAGUGCAGCGCUGCUCCCUGAGAGCACUCCAGAGGAUGUGCAUUUCUUCUUAUCCAAGGAGGCAGAUCCCUCCAUGUCCAGGGAGCUGUUUUCAGUGGCCAUACCUCCCCCUGCUGGAAAGGAGGGGUCAGAGCUGGAGCACCGCAGGGAGUUUCCCCUGGGCUUUGAGCCCCUGCGCUCAGAGCAGCUAGCCACCAUGACGGUGGACACUUCGCCUGUGGUUAAAGAUCCCUUCUGCUCUCCUCUGCUGGCUCCUGACAGCAUGCUGAAAGGCCUGCCCCCUGUGCACAUAGUGGCUUGUGCGUUAGACCCCAUGCUGGAUGACUCUGUGAUGUUCGCCAAGCGUUUGAGGAACAUAGAUCAGCCCGUCACUCUGUGCGUGGUGGACGACCUCCCCCACGGCUUCCUCAGCCUGUCCCAGCUCUGCAAGGAGACCAAGGAGGCGGCUAACAUCUGCGCGGAGAGGAUUCGCUACGUCUUGACCCAGAAGGACACGCCUCCCGAGCCACGCAAGCACCGCAAGCUGGAGCGCACCGAUAGGGGCGUGUCCGCCUCUUCCGGGGAGGCCGGGUCUAUCUUUUCCGACCCCAUUGAGGAAGGGGAGCUUGCUGUCGCGGCUAAAAUGGCCAAUGGGGAAGGCUUAGUUGCUGUGGCAGCCCAGAACAACACUGACGCUGUUGUUAUCGAGCCUUAAGUGAGGUUACAUUAAGGACUGCAGGGGAGUGGAGACACGGGGAGAGUAAAUGAAAGUCAGACACAUUUAGGCAGUGCGAUGCCUCAAAGAGAGUGUCCUAAAAAGCAGAUAGGGGGAGAGGGGGGAGGGAAAUCUAUGUGAUUACCCAGUUUCUUAAAGACAAAAAAAAGAGGGGUAGCGCCAAAACAAGACUUCCUCUGCUUUGCCAUUCUUGCCACUUGUCUGUGCCGCAUUAUGCACAAAGCAAAGCUGGCAGACAAAAUGAAAACACUCACCAAAGACAGUCAUGUUUUCAAAUGAAAUGGUCAUUCACCAGCUACUUAGAUCAAAGACCAGCACGCACCCACACAUGCAUCGCACACACUUAGCAGAGCACGGCCAGGACAGAAAGCAGCGCUGAUACUAAAGACGGGCGCUGAAUGGGCGAUUCAUUCAAGACAAGGCACUCAUUUAAGGCACUAAUCAAAUAGUGGUAGGCACACUAUAUGCUUCUGUGUAGAGUCGUCCCAAUCAAAAUGGCCACUUGUCCUUUAGGGAGCCACUCUAAAUCACACUUAAUAACUCCACAUUGUGUUCUCCAUUACGCCUGUUUGGCAGUCAACACAGCUCCCUUCGUGGAGAGUUUCUCUGUUGACUCGACCAAACACACUCACAACGCUGAAAGGCUGAACAACAGACUGAAAGGCUGAACUGGAUACGUUGAUUAACUUGCUUUCUUGAGAUUCUGUUGCAAUUUGUAAUCAUAUUACUACCCCUAUGCAGUAGCGUUACUUUUGUUAUUUAUAUUUUUGUAUUGCUGUAUUUUAAUCCUUGAAUCAUUACAGGUUUUUUUUGUUGGUUUGUUUACUAUAUUGUUAUUUGAAUGUACACUUAUGCUGUUUGAAUGUGCGCCAUAUUUACCCCCUCCUCCUUCGGCACAGCUGCUCAGACGUCCCUGGCCUUUCCAAUUAUACGUGUAUCCUCCUCUAAUGCAUAUGAAUAGGAUAAUGGUAUAGUCAUUAUAGAAUAGUGGACAGUGGGACAGUGGGCUAUCGACGCUGCCUGGUGCUUUGUGUUGAUAGGGCUGCAUCUCUAUUCAUUGCUGCAGUCACAUUUGUGUAGAUGCACUGAUUAUUUCCUGAAGUCAAUGCUUAAAUAUUCCCAUUCCAAGUCUGUUGAGAACAAUCAUGGCUCUGAUAUGUCUGAGAGACCCAAAAGUUGUUUUCCUUUGAGACUGGAAAGAGUUCUUCAGAAGUAGAGUAGGAGAGGAAGGGGCAGCACAAAGCCCUCAGCUAUCAACACACAUUUUAAACUCCACUGCACUGAUUUCCUCUCAGAUUGUCCCCGUUACUCACCAGGCGUUUUUCCGCUCACCACUUCUCUGCACAGUAUGGAGUGUGUCAAAGUACCACUUCUCUUGAAUCGAUGGAUUUCCUGCCUGAAAAUUGGUUUCUAUAAUUCGGAGGCUCUCAGGAAAAACUAAAGAAGAAGAAAAACAGAUUGCAGGAGUGCUGUGUAAAAGCCACUAAACUUGUAUUUGGCCCACUGGGAGCGGCUGGUGGACCGGGUGCUUUUACAUUUGGGGUUAACUUUGAUUUCAUUAAGCUGAGGGUACUCCUCUGAGCUUUUUGCCACCGAAGCACUUUGAAGCACACGAAAAUGUCCUUCUGAGGGUCAGUCCCUCCAUCAGGUCCAACUAAAUAUAGAUGCCAACAAUGCUGGCUGCGUCCUUCUCUCGUAUCAGGGCCAGGUCUGUGUAGAAGGAUGCUGUGUGAUGAAUAGGAUUUAGCUCCGACUUCAACCCCCGUGUGUGACUGUGCCCCCCCCCCUGUAAAAGAAGAGCAGGAUUUCUAGCAGAAAAGUCAUGCUACAGGAUUAGACCAUGCUUAGAUCUGUCAACUCCCAGUACUUACCGCAAUCUUUUUAGUCAGAUUGAUGGAAAGAACCAGGGUGGCGAAGGGGAACACAGUAAUGCACUUGUUCACUCUGAGACACCGGCUGAGGUUGCUGUAAUUUCACAGUAGUUUGCAGUUCUGUGCACGUGUGUUGUUAGGUUACAUGUCACUGUCUUGUUUUAUGUCUCUCUUGGUGCCUGUAUGUGUAGCUCAGUCUACAUGUACACAUGAUCACACUAGUCUCUGGUGUGUGAGACACUAUUGGACUAUGUGUUGUGUCGGUGGUGUUCUGUACAUCAACAUGACUUCUUCACCAGUCCUGAAAAAACGUAUGAAGCCUAGCAGGGUCGAUCGGCCAUUAGCACUUUGUUGUAUAAAGUAUGUGGGUGACUACAGCACUUUUUUUCAAAUCCACUUGCUGUUCGUAGACCUCCUUAUGCCUCUUACCCUUAAUGACCACUCGUGCAUCCGGCUGCCCUGACUGCAGGUGAACCAUGCUGUUUUGGAUGAAAACGUUUGCAGUGUUACCUUUUUUUAAAAAAGAAAAAGUUUUCCCAUUCCUGGCAUUCUGUGGUUCUGCCGAUGCUUAUUUAGCUUCAAGCAGAAGUCGUUCUUUCAGUGAGUGUUGUCGCCUUAUAGCGUGUAAUUGUUGAUGGUCCAUAUACUUUGUAAUCACAAAUUGUCCUUGUAGAAACAGUAAUGUUGCUUUUUGUCUUUUAUUUGUUUGAUAAUCAGGUUGAACAACGUACCUCCAGUUUUACUUCUUUUUGGUUUUUUGAAGCUCUUAUGUGAGAUUUUCUUGCCCCUGGCUGAUUUAUUUGAAAAAGUGCAACGCUGCUACAGACGUGAGCUCGCUGCUUACAACUUUAACAAGCUAUGCAAGUUAACACACCAGCAUCUCAUCAUCUUUCACACACUGCGUCAGAAAUGCUGUGAUCAGGGGCGCCGUAAGGGGGUGAAGAGUUAGGACGACUCUGAGGGGCCCGUGACGGACAGGGGCCCAAACUAUUUUAGAACAUUUAAGAAAGAAAUGUUAAAGUAAGCAAUAUGAUAUCUUUUCAUGGGGCCCAUAAUCCCUGGCGGCGCACCCUGGCUGUGAUGCAAUUUAUUGUUGUGCAAUCUAUUGAAUCUCAAGGUUGGAUUUUAUAGCUCUUUAUACCAAAUGUAUACCAAACUUCCUUGAAACCUCAUUCUUUCAUAAAUGCAUCAACGCUCUGAUGCGACUGACCUCAACCAGUUCUCAGAAAUGUUUCCAAAUAUGAAUUUGAUCACUAAGUUACUUAUCUUAAAUAUAUCUCUAGCGCUUCAAAACGGAACCAAAGACUGCAGCCGGAGUCUCCUAACGGAUGUGCUGCUUGCCAUUUAGUGUUUGCUGUUGAUGAAAAUGCAGUCGGUGCUCCUUAUGCACACUGCGCCGCAAAAUGUAAUACCGGUGUAGGAAAUUAUGAUUUUUUUUUUUUUUUUCUGAAAACAAGCCAUAAACUGGAAACAAAGCAGUUUUAAGUUUACUUGGUUUAUAAUUUUUUUUUUUUAUUUAAUUCAAAACACCAAGUGCAAACCUGUGAAUAAAAAAAAAAAAGAAUGUGUAUCAAACGCUAUGAAUCAUGUAGCUAUCUCUACUUUCAGAUGUGUUGAUUGAUGUUUGAUUUGCAGGUUGCAUUCUUCAAUGUUGUGUCUGAUACGCCACCAGUCGGCUGGUUUCUUCCUUUGUUGAUUUUUAUCUAAAUAAAUAUAUUCUCCCAUGAA